ACAAUAGGUUGACAAAACAGCGUGAACAUGUCGAAAAGAAAGCAGUCAGACGGCGCCCCUGCCGCAAAGAAAAAGGCUCCAGGGCACUGGGCCAUGGGAUUAUAUGCUUCUGCGGAAGACCCCGAACUUUUGGUUGAAUCGGAUGAGAGAGUAAUCGUUAUUAAGGACAAAUAUCCGAAGGCAAAAUACCACUAUCUCAUUCUACCCAAGGAAAAGCUCCACAACUUAAAGAGCCUGAAAAAAGAGCACGUUCCACUCCUGAAACACAUGCAGAAGAAAGGAGAAGAGAUUGCCGACAAACAUCGCACCGAGGAGUGUGAGAACUUUCGCCUUGGUUAUCAUGCUGUUCCAAGUAUGGGCUACCUCCACCUUCAUGCCAUCAGCCAAGACUUCAACUCGCCCUGUUUAAAAACGAAGAAACACUGGAAUUCUUUCACUACAGAAUACUUCUUUGAUUCUAAAGAUAUAAUUGAGAUGCUCGAGGACAAGGGAGAGGUUCAGAUUGAUUCAUCAAAGUUUGAAGCCCUUCUUAAGAAACCUCUACAGUGUCAUCGAUGCAGUAUGCCCCGCAAGACAAUCCCGGACCUAAAGAAACACAUUUUGAUGCACUUGCCUAUUGACAGGGAUAGAUUAGAGGAUUUGGAAGAUGAUUAAGUAGUGGGCCGGGUCUAUUUGGCAAGCCGCUCGCCGAACAGGCAUCUUUUUUUGUCCUGUGUGGAGAGCCGCUUGCCAAACAGCACUAAAAAGCCACCCUGUUCGGCCAGCCGGGCUUGCCAAACAGGUAAAAAAUCUACCCCGUUUGGCGAGCUGGAGACUUGACUUUAAUAUCAAUGAGUUCGGCUCUCCAUUCAGGACAAGAAAAAGUCGCUGUUUGGUAAGCCGGGCUUGCCAAGUAGUCACUUCCUAAAGUUACCCUGCUUGUACAUUAGUUGUGUUCUGCAGUUACUUUUGACAGAAUGAAAAUGAUGGGGGCACAGUAUCAUACUGUAAAACUGGUUUUAUCUUCAGCCAGCAUAACCUGAAUAAGAAAUCCGGAACAGCUAGCUUAACUUCCGCCGGUGUACACAAUAUUGUACCAUUUUCUUCCACGUAAUCUGGCCACUAAUAUGAUAGGCACGGUCGAGGAAGGCUUGGUGCACGCUCCUUAUAUGCGUGGAGAGUAUAGUUUUCCGAUCUUUCUUAUGAGUUUACAGAAAAAAUGAUCAAAUGAGAUAUGUCGUUCUGUUUAGUGUCCUUGCUCAUGCUGCAUUCAGUUAACAUUGUGGUGUUACUUAAAUGAAGAGCAAUGCAUAUGCACGCCCCAAAACAUGCCUUAAAACCUACAUUGUACUUGUCAAUGAUAACAAUUGACAUUUUAGCCAUUUGUAGUUAGGGAUAUGGGAAGACGACACAUCUUCUUGUCAGCGCGUCUGUCUCUGCUGAAUAACUAAGCAGACAGCUUUGGUUUCUUUAUUGAUAUUUUAUUCACUCAGCCUGUUGAACAUGAUUAGUAUAUCAUUCUGCCUACUCUAUGGCAAUGUUGAAAUUCAUAUUGAGUACGUAUUUACGCAAUUGGAAUUUUUUAAAUUUUUAAACGGAGUAGACCUUUAAACGAUAGAAACGAACAACUACACAAAAAACAUCAAGAUUAACGUGUCCCGGGAUGAUAGUGAUACAUUAGUUUGGUUGUCAAACAUGGUCCGUCAAAUCGCUACCACCUUUGUUGUGACCCAAAGAUAUAGAGAGAGAGUAGGCAGCAUCAUCAUUCUGU